AGCGUGAACAACUGCGCUCGAAGUGCGAGUACAAAAGAUAUUCGGAGACAUCGAGUUGGUGCAAGUGUUUUCCAAAUAUAAGAACAAACAUUCUGAGAACUGAGUUUUGAGGAGGCUGCAAUGACAGUUGUUUUCUUCAAAUUGUGAUCCACGUUGAAGAGCCCAAAGUUCCAUCUACGUUGGAAUGUUCGACGAAUGAGUCAUUCCGCCCGUUAGUUCGAGGUUGGUUAGUUGCAAACGAUGCUGCACAGCACAUUGCCACGGGCAUUUCUGCCCCCGGGAUUGAACUACUUGGGUGGCUAUUACGGAGACGACGGCCACGUGUACUCAACGGCGACUCACUACGUGCCCUGCCUGGAGGAUCCUUACGCGAGGAUCGCUGAUCAGAGAAUUCAGUUGAGUGGCUGGGAGACCGGAGCACGUCCGGUCAGUCCGAGUCCCUUGGACUUGUCGUUGAAGCCACCGCCGGCGAGUCAGACAUCGGUGACGGAGGAAUGCGAGGCGAUCGAGGUAGACGACGAGGAAAACCUUCGAUUCGCCAUGAGUCUGCAGCGAAGGUCCUUAAUGGCGAAGAGAUCGUAUUCCAACAGCGAAGAGCUGUCUUCGGGGAUGGAUGACUUCCAGAAUGAGACCGGUAGAAGUUCAUCGGUCCAAAGUUAUCACAGCUACGCAGACAUGAUCAGCGCCAAGGAUUCUGCGGAUCCUCGAGUUCGUCUGCCAACUGGGCGACGCGAAGACCUGACGAGUCCCAGAAUUCAUGGGUAUCCGAGCUUCGAGGAGUUGCGGACGAAGAAGGAAGUGACGGAUCCUGGGGAAGCUGGCUACGCGAUUCACAAUCCUACCGAUCCGUCUGUCUGCUCCGCCGGAGAUCAACGAGAUUAUCAAACCUUGGGGGACCAGACUGGGCGGAAGCUCCACCUGGCGAGUCCAACUCACCCGGGGACCCAAAGCUACCAUCAGCAAUUAUUGUUGACGCCUCAACACCACUUGCAAACGAUUCACGCUCCGAUGACACCACCGAGCACCCCAUCGCCUCCGCAAUGCCCGCGAAGAAGGACGCGAGAGGAUCCCGAGGUGACCCCGCCCCACGCUUCGACAACGACUCCAAAAUCUACUGGAAACCACACCGAGAAAAACAGACCGAAGAAGAAACACGCGAGGAGACUGAAGUUCGAUGAAGACACGAGCAGCCCCGUUUCGGGCACGGUAAUUCUGGGACCGGACGAAGCCGUGGUCACCGGCGACAUCGAUCCCGCCUUCAACAUCGUCGAGGUCACCGAAGAGGCGAGGGCCGAGCUCGCCAAAAUCGAGAACAGACUUGGGCCUUACCAGUGCAAACUCUGCAGGCAGUUGCACGACGAUGCCUUUCAAUUGGCUCAGCACAGGUGUUCGAGAAUCGCUCACGUCGAAUAUCGCUGUCCGGAGUGCGACAAGAGAUUCUCUUGUCCGGCUAAUCUUGCGUCCCAUCGCCGUUGGCACAAACCCCGAAUGCCCAACGGCGACACCGGCCCGACUGGUGGACCCGCUGUAACUUCAAACUCUUCUAAUUCAUCGACCAACAUCCGGGAACCAGAAAUCCCGUGCACCAGGUGUGAUGCCAAGUUCACACGAGCCGCAGCACUCCGGAAACACCUCGCGACCCAGCAUCCUGAAGCCAACAACAAUAUUUCGAUGACCAACAACAACAGCACCAACAACAGCAACGAUACAAAUGCCGCUUUCGAUGACUUCAACGCCUCCAUGCCUGGUAAGCCUCUCUGCCCACCUAUGAAUCUUGCAGAUGUUUCACUCACAAACGAGUUACCCUGACACCAAUUUCCGGCCAGGCCGAUGCCCAGACGACCCGGAAUUUAUUGGCGAUUCGGACUCGAUCUCAUGUAAAUAAUCCAACUAUUCCAUUUAAUGACAAAUUCAAACGAAAUUAUUAAAAUGCCACAUCUAUUCAAUCAAGAAAUUAUCAAUGACGCUAGUCAUCAGUUUGAUUAACAAUUGAUCGGAAAAGGUUUGGAAUUCGAUCCCGUAAAAAUACAUUUUUUUAAUUCCGUAAACAAAUAAAUAUCUUCAGUUUUUUUUUGGUCAGCGAUUGCAAUACAUCUUGUGUGGUCGAACAAAUUCCAAAAGACAAUUAAGUUAUUCAAUGUCUGUGAGCACAAAAAAAAGAAGGAAAUUUCAAUUGUUCUUAAUUGAGAAAGAUUGAAUAAAAAUUUUGAGACCCAGGAGCUCGUACACGAGUGCGUAAUCAAAAUAAUCAUAUACGAACGAGUCUAGUCACAUCUCUUCUAGUCAGGCACAACAAAUUAGCACAACAAUGGAUCUAGUCAUGAAUCUGACAUGCAUGAAAAAACGAUAUUAAAUUAUAAGAAUAUAGGAUUGUAAGUAAAAAAGUAAGAAGAUGGUGUUAAAAUCGAGUAUUAAGGAAUUGAUGCCAAAUAAAUAAGCAUGAAUGUGCAUAUUCUUCAUUCCAAUAAUGAAGAUAAAAGAAUGUUGGUGAGAAAGCAGUAUUGCUGAAAACCCUUCAUUAAAAUAAUUUUUCCGAACUUGUAAUAUUUGAUAGAUUUUUUCAAAUGACGAAAACAAUUGGCGCAGGUCAGUCAUCACAGUUUCGUCGUAUUUGUAUAUUAAAAAUCUCGUGUGAUCUAGUCGUACUCACAGAAAAAUGAGUCUUACUUGUGGAAGCCAGCUAUACAAAACUAUCCUAAGCGAUCCAAGCUCGUAAUACUGUAGUUCUAGUUAUAGGUUCGUGAUUUCUAACGUAAAAAAAAAAAAUAGAAAUUAACUCAUACAGCUGGUUUAUCAAAGAUAGCUAAGUCAAUGGAAAUGCGUUUCAGGCGUUGCAUGAACGUAAUUAGCGUAGUCAUUAGCGUCAAGUAUGAUGAUUUUGGUAACAGUAUGUCGAUUGAUGCAAAUUUUAUGGUUAAUUCAAUUUCUAGUCAUCGUACAAUUGAAUAAUUUCUAGUCAACAUAUUUAAAUCUUGAAGAAAGCACAAAUUUUUUUCCAGUUAAAUAACGGAAAUUUUCAAUGAGAAAAAAACAUUAUGAUAAGUUUAGUUGAUAACUUAUAUUAUUCUACAAAGUGUGCGAAUUUUUUUUUCGAAUUAUUUAUUAUUUCAUGGUUAUUUCUUCACUCUAUUAAAUUAGAGCGAAAGAGUAUUGUCUAGUCCAAAGAAUAUCUCAUAAGAAUCGAUUCGAUUUGGUAUCUGAAUCGUUAGCAUUUAGUGGAAAAUUAUCGAUAAAUAUAAAUAUAGGGAAAUGACUGGGUAAGUUAUGACCAAAAAACUUCGAGAUCAUGAAAAAGUCAUGGUCCAAACCUAUUUGGUCUCAUACUUGAAUCUAUAUUUUUCACUUAUUGCACUGCUGUAAAUCGUGACUAAUAUUUUCAUUUGUUUGUGCAGUUGAUCACUUCUCGAACACCAAAUGAAUGAAUUUUGUAUAAAAAAUAUAAUGAAAAAUGAUGUAUUUUAAUAUUGUGGGGAAAAAGCAAUUUUAUGUUAAGCUCAAUAUAUCGAUAUUAUUUUUUUAACGACGAAAAUGUAAUUAAUUGAAAAAUUAUUUCGUAUUGAACCUGUUUGUUAAAUCAGCUAUGAAAUUCGUUUAUAAUUGAAAAAAAAUGAAAAACAAAUGUUCAAGUGCAUUUCAAGGUUCGCGAGCUUAUUAAGUAUUACAAUGUGCAAGUGUAAGUAAUGUAAGUACAAUAUUAUUGAUAAUUUAUUGCAGCCGGAAUUUCAAAACAAAUAUUCAAUAACUAUUCGACUAAACAUAAUUUCGUUCAUCGUAAAAAAAUGUACUUUAGAUAUUAACUGUCGAUCAAACAAGGUAGAAAAAGUUCGAGUGGCAAUUUUGAUUACUCACGGAAAGUCUGAUCACCUAAAUAAAUUCAAUAUUCGAUGGACACUGGAUACAUGGGCACUGAAAUUCGAUGUAUAAAUGUACCAUACAAAUAUGAAGGAUAUGUAUAAUAUGUCAAAUAAUUUUAAGUCGUCUGUGCUACGUAAUUAAACUGUAAAAUUAAAUAUUAACAUUGAUUUAUUGGUUUAGUCUCGUAAGCGAUGAUUGUUCAUAUCUGUACAUAAGAAACGGAAUUCAUUAAAUAUAUACGAAUCUACAAAUGCA